CAAAAUAUAAUCUGAAUGCUCGUCGUGAUUUGAAGGAAAUGGGUAUAAGGAAAGAUUUGCACGCAACUCAAAAGGAUGGAAAAUGGUAUUAUCCAGCAGCAUGCUAUUCUUUAUCACCAGAUGAGAAGUCUAAAGUAUGCAAGUUCUUGAAAAUGGUUAAGGUUCCAGAUGGUUAUUCUUCCAAUGUAUCACGGUGGGUGAAGUUAAAGGAUCGUAAAGUUUAUGGAAUGAAGAGUCACGAUUCUCAUAUUCUGUUGGAACAGUUGCUUCCUCUUGCAAUUCGCGGAGUCGUGCCAAACAAUGUCUUUGAUGCUAUCACCGAGUUAAGUAUUUUCUUCAGAGAGUUGUGUUCAAAAACAUUAAGGGUUGAUGUUUUGGAUCAACUUGCAGCUCAAAUUCCAAUAACAUUAUCCAAAUUAGAAAAAAUAUUUCUACCAACAUUUUUUGAUGUUAUGGUGCACUUGGUCAUUCAUCUCCCAACAGAAGCUAAGGUUGCUGGACCUGUACAAAACAGGUGGAUGUACCCAAUGGAGCGAUUAAUGGGCAAAUGGAAAUGUUACGUUCGUAAUAGAAAUCAGCCUGAAGGAUCUAUUGCAGAGGGGUAUAUUGUUGAAGAAAGUCUAAUAUUUUGUUCAAGAUAUUUACAUUGUGGUGCGAAAGGAUAUAAUCGAAUGGACAAAAAUUAUGAAGGUGAUCAUGUUGAGUCAUACAGUGGAUUAUCAAUAUUUGAACAAAAGGAUUGUCCGUUAUUAAGAGAUACAUCCAAAAAUCUUGAAGAGUUUGAGCGAAAACAAGCUCAUCUUUAUGUCUUGAGAAAUUGUGAAGAAGUUCAACCAUUUCUACAAUAUGUUUCAUUAUAUUAUUGUGUUCACUAGUCUCCCAUCUCAAAUUAUUUGUCGUGUUUCUUUUUCACACGCCUCUUAAGAAAAUAUUAAUUUUGGGAUGUUUUGACUAUUUUACCCUUAUUUAUGUCUUAAGAGGGGUAAUCUCUUUUCAUUGAAUAUUUAUUCUAUUUAUAUGCCAUCUCCCCAUAACUGAGGUGUUUGUGGUUG